AUGCCUGAGGAGAUGCUUACUGCUGAGGCUGUGGCCAAACACAACACCGUGACAGUUGCUGGAUCGUUGUACACGGCAUCUCACUGUGCAUUCCCAGGCCAUGUCUAUGAUGUAACUGAAUUUCUCGACGACCACCCUGGAGGAAGCAAAAUCAUUCUCAAAUAUGCGGGGAAAGAUGCUACUGAGGAAUAUGACCCCAUUCAUCCUCCUGAUGCCAUUACGACCAAUUUACCCAAGGAAAAACACUUGGGUAAAAUUGACCCUAGAACGAUCACCAAAGUCAUUAAAGAAAUGACUCCUGAAGAAGAAGCCCGCCUUAAGCGCGUAGCCCAACGACCUCCGUUGAGCGAGUGCCUAAAUUUGCAUGACUUCGAAGCUAUUGCAAGAGCUGUGAUGCCCGAGAAAGCAUGGGCAUACUACUCUUCAGCUGCAGAUGAUGAAAUUACGCACCGAGAAAACCAUGCUGCAUAUCAACGUAUCUGGUUCCGCCCUCGUGUGUUGCGCGACGUGACCAAAGUCGAUUGGUCUACAACAAUUUUGGGACAAAAGUCCAGCAUGCCUGUAUAUAUUACCGCAACAGCUUUGGGCAAACUUGGGCACCCCGAGGGGGAGCUAAACUUGACUCGUGCAGCUGCUAAAUAUGGUGUUAUCCAGAUGAUACCAACUCUUGCAUCCUGUUCGUUUGAUGAGAUAAGAGAUACUGCUGCGCCAGAUCAAGUGCAAUUCAUGCAGCUGUAUGUCAACAAAGAUCGUGCGAUUACGAAGCGAAUCGUACAGCAUGCAGAAAAACGAGGAAUCAAAGGCCUAUUUAUCACAGUAGACGCUCCACAGCUCGGUCGCCGUGAGAAGGACAUGCGUCAGAAAUUCGAAGAUGAAGGGAGCGAGGUGCAAAGGGGAGCUGCAGGGAUAGAUCGUAGCCAAGGUGCGGCGAGAGCAAUUAGCUCAUUCAUAGAUCCUGGGCUGUCAUGGAGGGAUAUCGACUGGUUCAAGAGUAUUACUAAAAUGCCUAUCGUCCUCAAGGGAGUUCAGUGUUGGGAGGAUGCGGUGCUCGCUGCCGAAUGUGGUUGUGCUGGGAUAGUACUAUCCAAUCAUGGCGGUCGUCAGCUCGAUACAUCGCGCUCUGGUAUUGAAGUUCUCGAAGAAGUGGUUACCGCUCUGCGCGAACGUGGCCUGUUCCCGAACCCCAAGUUUGAGAUUUAUGUAGAUGGCGGUGUUCGCAGGGCAACUGACGUAUUGAAGGCGAUUGCGAUGGGCGCCACUGCGGUUGGUGUUGGGCGACCGUUCAUUUAUGCGUACUCCUCUUAUGGACAAGAAGGGGUGGAGGCAGCUCUCCAGAUACUUCAUGACGAGUUCGAGAUGAACCUGCGUUUACUCGGCGCACCAACUAUUAAGGAUGUUGUGCCGGCAAUGGUCGAUACGACAUCACUAAAGAGCCAUAUUGUUGCAGUGCCUCAAGACUCCCUUUAUUAUACCAACUAUGAAACUUUGUCUGGUGCACGUCUGAGGGAAACUCCCGCCAAAUUAUAG